UACCCUUUUCCAUUGGAUCGUAGAGUGUAUAUUGCGUCGGGUCUAUUAAACACGUUGUCUCGACGGGCGUUUUGCAAGAAUAUAUUGAAAUUUGAUGCCCGACACGAUUGUAGUCAACAAUGUCGAGGGAUAUUGCACAUUUUAUCGGAAUUCCCUCAAAUGACGCAAUACACGAAAUAACCAAAAGAAUAGAUCAAAAAUGGCAAAACAUAUGGAACGAAAUAUCACUCAACAUUAAACUUGAAGAAAUAAAAAGAACCACAAAAAAAUGGCAUUCAAAUGUAACUCUGACAAGAAGACAAGACGUAUUCUUAACAAGAACUCGAAUAGGGCAUAGUUACCUCACCCACGCACAUGUUCUGAACCAUGAACCACAACCAAUAUGCCCAACCUGCAAUAAACCUGUCACCACAAAACACAUAUUUACAGAAUGUACCAAAUACAACAACGAACGCCUCAUAUUCAAAUUCCCAAACAACAUCCAAAACAUCAUAAAAGAAAAUAACGAAGAAAGCAUUCUUAAAUAUAUAAAAUUGCUAAACCUGUACUCUUUAAUUUAAUAUAUAAUAUUGCAUAGACUUUUUAUGAUUAUAUAAAUGUAACUCUGGCUAAUGACCACUGAUGUCGAAGCCUUAAUAAAAAAAAAAAUAAAAAAAUUUGUGAAUUAUAUAUAAUUAUAAAUUUAGUCAAGUUAAUCCGUACACAC